UUAUGAAUAAUAUAAGAACCCUUAUUUAGCAAUCUAAGUUACAACUAAAAUUUGACGUGUGGCAAGUAUCGCUUUCACUUAACCUAGCAAGUAUCGCUAUCUAUGACAUCCUUAUUUGAAUUUCUAGCUAGAUUUCCAUACAUUGUCCAUAUUCUUUCAAUUUCCCACCAUAUAAACUCCUCCGAUUCACCCUAUUUCCCUAAUCCCCCUUCAAAGAUCUCUUGCACCAUCCUAAAACAACCCGAUCCAAACCCGAAAUCUAAUUGAUCUUUAACAAUGAAAGAAAAAGAGAUCAUAGAGAAGGAAGAAGAAAAAUUCUUAGAACUCAUGGGCUUCCCACUCCACACCACAAUGCCUUCUCAUGCCGAUGCUCGAGCCGUGGUGUACGAAAUAAUGAACACCACCGCGAGUAGUAACCUUAUCCCGCGGCGUGUGAAUACAACCAUCGCGGUCUACCCCUUUACAACGGUGUUUAAUGCUGAUCUAUUGAUGCAAUUGCAAAACAACACCACCACCAAUUUUCAAGGUAUUCCCAACAAUACUUCUAACGGUGGAAGUAACAUCAAUAAUAAUGCUGUUGCCGAGGUACGUGCUGCCAUUGAAAGUCAAAAUCAAGGUGUGUUGAGAAUUAUACUCGAGACUCAGCCUGAUCUAAUCAAGGCGACUGAUGAAAAAGGGUUAACUCCUCUUUCGUAUGCUGCAUCCAAAGGAUUUGAAGACAUAGUGGUUUACUUCCUGGACAAGUACCCCGAAACAAUAUAUAUUCGAAACAAAGAUAAACUUCAAUCCUACCCGAUUCAUAUGGCAUGUCUAGGGGGACAUGUUAGGGUCCUUGAGAUGUUCCAUUCUAAAUUUCCUUCACCCCUUAGCUCCGUUGUUGACAAUCAAGGACAAACAAUAUUGCACGUAGCUGCUAGAGAACGCGGUAAUAAGUUGAAACAUGUUGUUGAAUACUUGUUGAGACUACCAGAGGGUAUAAAGCUAAUCAACAAGAUGGACGAAAUGGAUUGUACACCCUUGGAUUUGGCUAGAAGCAGCAAAAAUGGUGAAGUUGAACAACUUAUUAUGGAAAAAAUCAUGCGUUAAUAAGAAGAACUAAUUAAUCUGGUGUGAAUGUUGCGAUGUGUCGAUAUACAAUAUGUAUUUUACUUUUGUUUUAUUUAUUUCCUUUUUACAUAGUCUUCCGUUGUGUCGUGUGUGUGUUUUUAGCCUAUUCUAAUCAGCAAAGGUUAAAACUUAAAAAUAAAUUAUUGUAUUAUUAAUAAACUACCAUGGAGUUUUGUGAUAUGGAAAUUAAGUGUGACUUUUGUUAUGUAAUUUGAAAAUUUGUCUAGUAACGCUUAUAUAUUUCGUACCCUUUGAAAAUAUCAAGUAUUUCUUCCUUUUUUUUUUUUAAGUAUAACCUUCA